AUGACAAUGGAUGAAUGUGUUUCCACUGGUGAUCCUGGUCGGUGCAUUACACAUCCUUACGGAGUUCGUUCACCAAUUGCAUACUUUUGUGGUCAUUCAUCAAUAUGUGAUGAUACAGUGACAAGACCAACAAGUAAUGCUGCUCUAGCUCUUGCAAAGUCAAACAUUGAACAAUAUUAUAUUUACAUUGGUCUCCUAGAAUAUCUUGAAAGUUCAUUAGAAUUGCUUGAAUAUCUUCAGCCAUCAAUAUUUACUGGUCUCGUCAACACCUAUGUAAAUAUUUUAAAACGUCGUCGUCUCAAUCAGGUACCUAAAAGGUAUCGUCAUAGCACGACCAAUAGAACACGUGAUAUUCUUCGUCAGCUUCUUAAACCUGAGUAUGAACUGUACAACUUCAUCCGACUGCGUUUUAUUGAUCAUUACACUCGAGUCUUUCAUCGAGCACCGAUUUAUCAUGAAAUCUAA